GAUGAGGCAGUCCUGGACAGCUCUGCGCAUUCUCGCCAUCACAGCAUCAAUCCUGCCACGUUCCCAGGCUUGGGUCCCUGCUACUAUACCGUGACACCCAGGCAUUGGCAUUGCGCGAAUAUUCGCCAGCUCAAACAGCGUGUGUAACGAGUGCCAUCACAUAUCACGCAGCCUGCUUGUAUAUCUAUACAGCAGAUAUCCCACCCCUUCAUCUCUUAUACUGCCCAGCCCUUCCAGCCUUCAUAUUCAUUCCCCUGGGAAGCCAUAACCCACGCUUAUACCUCAAACUCUUGAAAAGUCCUCGCCCAACGGCCCUCAAGGCAACGUCACGUUGACACGUCCUUGGCGAAUGUCACCUGCCCGCGUCCAGGCUCGCAGCUACCCGCUCGUUUACGCCUGACGUGCCUCCGUUUCCCUGCAGAGAGUAGCCAACGACGAACACAACCAUCGCACACCGCAGCCAUGGACACCGAAAGUCAGGCUCCAGCCAAGACCGUGGCCAACGCGGCAGCGGCACAGGAGCUACGUGAUGCUCAAGAUCUAGCAGCACUGGGUCACGAUCAGGCCUUGACACGCAAGUUCAGCCUCGUGAGCAUGCUCGCGCUCGCAUUCUGCGUCUUAGGCACGUGGUCGACUUUUGCCCAGGGACUAUCCAGUGGCCUGGAGAAUGGCGGCCCGAUCAGCAUCCUCUGGGGACUCGUGCUGGUCCUUGUUUGCAACAUCUGCAUUGCAGUUUCCCUCGGCGAGAUGUGUAGCAGUAUGCCUACCGCGCUAGGCCAAGCUUACUGGGUGUCUCGGCUCCUUGAAGGUCGCCGCGGUGGCCGUCUCCUCUCUUAUACCUGUGCCUGGAUCAACACCUUUGGCUGGUGGACUCUUACGGCGUCUCAGAUCGCAUUCAUGACCGACUUCAUCUUGGGUAUGAAGAUCCUCUUCGACAACAGCUGGGCUGAUGAAGUGACCGGGUGGAUGCAAUUCCUCGUCUACCUCGCCGUCACAGCUUUGCUUACAGGGGUCAACCUCGUGGCCUGCCGCCGGGAUGCCAUUCUUCCAAUCUUCAACAAUUUCGUGGGGGUGUGCUUCGUUGGGCUGUUCUUCGUCUUCAUGCUCGCCAUGCUCAUCUCCGUCGGCACAAAGGACGGUCUAGAGUUCCAGCCCGCCGACUUUGUCUUCGGCGCGUGGCUCAACCAAAGUGGCUGGCCUGAUGGUGUCACCUGGUUCACAGGUCUGGUCCAAGCAGCCUACGGCCUGACAGCCUUUGACGCGGCGAUCCACCUGGCGGAGGAGAUUCCCGACCCACGGACAUCUAUUCCUCGCGUGCUAUGGCUCUCUGUCGUUCUGGGCGCGCUAAGCGGCUGGAUAUUCAUGGUUAGUUGCCUCUUCAGCGUCCAGUCCCUCGACGAUGUGCUCGACCCAUCGACAGGCCUACCCUUUAUGGACCUAGUCGCCCAGUCUGUUGGCCUCGAGGGCGGCGCGGUGCUCCUCGCACUGUUCAUAUUCAACGGCCUCGGCCAGGGCGUCAGCGUCCUGACCACCGCGUCACGUAUGACCUGGGGCUUCGCCCGCGACGGCGGACUGCCGUACAGCGCCUACUUUUCCCACGUCAGCCCGGCCUGGAAGGUGCCCGCGCGAGCCUUGUACCUGCAGGGUGUGCUGAUUGGGCUCAUCGGGGUGCUAUAUACCUUUGCCGACACUGUCCUGGAGGCGAUUCUCAGCGUGAGCACGAUCGCGCUGACGAUAUCUUACGCCCUGCCGAUCCUGGCCUUGACCAUCGCGGGCAGGGACAAGCUUCCCCCCGGCGGUACGUUCAAGCUGGGCCCCAAGAUCGGGCCGGUGGCGAAUUAUGUCUCGCUAGUCUACUGCGCGGUCACGACCGUCUUCUUCUUCUUCCCCGGGGCCCCGGAUCCUGGGCCGGCGGAUAUGAACUACGCCAUUGCAGUAUUUGGGAUCAUGGUUGUCGUUGCCGGUGUGUUUUGGCUUGUCAGGGGCAGGGUCGAGUUCUUGCAGGUGGAUGACCAGGACGCGAUUGUAGUUUCGAGGAGCGUAGAUGGGGCCAGUCUAGGAAGCGGGCACGGGACUCAUGGGCAGGAUAAUGACAAGGCUCUGGGCAAGUGAGUGAACAUUGGCUCGCAGCUGAGAAUGAUGGGCUUGGUAGCAGGCUAUCAUUGUUCAGAGUGCUUCUUAGAAAACUGAAUUGUAAUGUCUCACCCUGUCGAGCUUGGCGGGUUCAGAGAGAUUUGGACCUCCUUGGCCUCGCUGGCUUGAGGCACGAAGGAUCCAACUAUUGCAGCCAUCGAAACAUAUUAAUGACGCAAGCAAAAGGGCGCAUUGAGUGCGGCUCUGGGCACCCUCUCAGUGUUUUUCACGUGUCUGGCAGAAAUCUGUCCGCUGAAACCAGUUUAUGAGCAAGACAUCCCAAAGCUGCAUUGUCCUCUUAACUCCAAACCGCCAUAUAUAGCCUAACUCGGGC